CCUUCGUAGCUGGUUGGGUUAGAAGCGGGCAGGGGCGUUUGGCCCGGGCUGCUAAUCUGGAGUGGUGACCUUGAGGGUGGAGUUCGAGGUUUCCUGGUUUCCUGCUUCUGGGUGGACUAGGCUCCACCCUUUCGUCCUGCUCAGAGCCAAGAUGUGGGUGUGCUGGUUGGUGAGACAGGACAUCCGGCACCAGCGAAUCAAACUUCCCCAUUUGGAAGCUGUUGUGAUUGGUCGAAGCCCAGAGACUAAGAUCAUAGAUAAGAAAUGUUCCCGACAGCAAGUACAGUUGAGAGCAGAGUGUAACAAGAGAUAUGUCAAAGUAAAGCAGAUGGGGGUCAAUCCCACCAGCAUUGACUCAGUCGUCAUUGGGAAGGACCAAGAGAUGAAGCUGCUGCCUGGUCAGGUUCUUCACAUGGUGAAUGAACUUUAUCCAUACAUUGUAGAGUUUGAGGAAGUGGCAGAGAGCCCUAACCCAACACAAAGGAAGAGGAAGAGAUCAGACUGUGAUAGUGAGGAGAUGGAAGCUAAGUCUGGAACAGGGCUGGCACCUGGGAGCAGCCCCAGCCAGUGCUCUGUGCCCCUUAAGAAGGGCAAGGAUGGAAUCACCAAAGAGGAAUCACUGGGCCACUGGAGUCAAGGCUUGAAGCUGUCUAUGAAAGACCCCAAAGUGCAGGUUUACAAAGAUGAUCAGGUGGUGGUGAUUAAGGAUAAGUACCCCAAAGCCCGUCACCACUGGCUGGUCUUACCGUGGGUCUCCAUUUCCAGUCUGAAGGUUGUGACCAGUGAACACCUUGAACUUCUCAAACAUAUGCACACUGUGGGGGAAAAGGUGAUAGCAGAUUUUGCUGGAUCCAGCAAACUGCGCUUCCGAUUGGGUUACCAUGCCAUUCCCAGCAUGAGCCACAUACAUCUUCAUGUGAUCAGCCAGGACUUUGAUUCUCCUUGCCUUAAAAACAAAAAGCAUUGGAAUUCUUUCAAUACAGACUACUUUCUGGAAUCACAAGCUGUGAUCAAGAUGGUUCAGGAAGCCGGCAGAGUAACUGUUAAGGAUGGGACUUGUGAACUCUUGAAGCUGCCUCUCCGGUGCCAUGAGUGUCAACAGCUGCUGCCUUCCAUCCCACAGCUGAAAGAGCACCUCAGGAAGCACUGGGGCAUAUGACAUUUGCCUUGGUGGCCAAGUGCAGUGCUAGCAUUUGUCUGCAUUGCCUGUGUUCCGCUCAAUCCUGAACUAAAGCAUACAGCCUUCAAAACAAAGCUUAUUUAUUCUUGAGUGGCCACAUAUAGGGCGACUCUGGUUCAGAAACUGGGAAUUCGGGUUUGUAUGGGUAUUCUCUGGUAAUGGAGGCUGAGACAUGCCUGAUCAUCCUUCCUAGGACCAUGUCAGGCCUGACUAAUGAGAGCGCAGAGCCAGCUUAAGACUCAAAUGCACCAUGUAGAAGCAGAGGACUGGUAAUAUAUUUUGUUCCAACCUUCACCCUGGAUCCUGUAGUGUCUUUUCAUCAAGGUAGCUGAGGUUCUGAGGGGGCCUGGUUCUCUGACUUUAGUCUGUUUUAUGAUACUCUUCUUCCCUCCAUGAGGAGGCUUUCAAUCUACUGUACCAGGCUGAGUGUCUAGUGAACAUAUGUGGCAGUCAUCUGUAUAGAGAGAUAAUUUGUGUAUGACUGUUCCAGGGAAGAAGAAGAAGUAGUAAUACUGGGCAGAGUAUGUUAACAGUAAAGCCUGUGCUGAGAGCAGCCUGGGGUGGUGUGAGCUGUCAGUGAACAGUAGUCUGUGCUGAGGGCAGCCUGGGGUGGUGUGAGCUGUCAGUGAACAGUAGUCUGUGCUGAGGGCAGCCUGGGGUGGUGUGAGCUGUCAGUGAACAGUAGUCUGUGCUGAGGGCAGCCUGGGGUGGUGUGAACUGUCAGGUAACAGUACAGUCUGUGCUAAGGGCAGCCUGAGGCAGUGUGAACUGUCAGUUAACAGUACAGUCUGUGCUGAGGGUAAGCCUGAGGCAGAGUGAACUGUCAGUUAACAGUAGAGUCUCCUGAGUGUAAGCCUGGGGCAGUGUAAACUAUCAGUUAAGGGUACAGUCUGAGCCUAGGGCAGCCUGGGGGCAGUAUGAACUGUAUAGUCUAUGCGGAGAGCAGCCUGGGGUGGUAUGAACUCUAUAUAGUCUGUACUGAGGGCAACUUUGGUCAAUGUGAACCAUAUAGUCUGUGCUGAGGGCAGCUUGGGGUAGUGUGAACUGUCAGUUAACAGUACAGUCUGUGCUGAGGGCAGCUUGAGGCAGUGUGUAUAGUUAGCUUUAGGCAAAUUUUACUGAGGCUUCAGCCACUGCUCUUGAGAAUUACAGACAUUUAACUAAACUUUAGAGAAUGCUUCCCCAAUGUAUCUUGGAAAAAAUAGAUGUUCCAAAAGAGUUUAUUUAAUUUCUACCUAAUACUGUAUAGUAAUCACAUCGAUAGUAAACUGAAUAUUUGGUUAUAAACUGCAAGAGGUGUCUGUAUCAGACAAUUGUAAGAAUGCCAGCUAUAAUGAAGAACAUUUGGA